GAGAGGCAGCAGCUGACACGACGGGGCCUCGAGUGCCUGACUGUCUAUCUCUUGCACACACGUGUCAUCAGUUCUUAUCUAUAUGAUAUUGCGUUGAGAAACUAAAAUGAAUUAUGUUAUUCAAUUAUUUUCAGUUGAUAGUGAAUGCUUAUAUUUAGAAAAUCAUCAUAUUUUAAUAUUCAACUCUUGGGAAUACCCCCAUACUUUAAAGAAAAUCAUAUGGCCAUGAAUAAAACGUCGUUAAUAAUGGUAUCCAUAUCAGUUAGGUUGGAGUGGUAGGCGGUUUUCAGGAGCGAGUCCCAGCGUUGCCUUAGAGUCAGAUGCAAGUAAAGGAUACACUAUAUUGACAAGAUUAUUAGCUGUAAUGUUUUCAAAGAACAACAUGGAUACCAAGGUAUUUUGGGUAUCAAUGCUGAUUUUACUGAGUGUAACUGCAUUCAGCCUGGCUAGUGAAGAGUGUCAAGGCACAAAGGACACAGAAGCAAAGCCUGAAGGAAGUGGUGGCAGUACAUGUGGAUGUGCAGGAACCAGUAGACAAAAGAGUGAAAAUUCUGGCUCUUCUAUAUCCAAAGAGGAGCCAGAAGAAGCACCAAAUUUCAAAUAUACUUUGGAAGCCAACACAGUGCCAAGCAUCCCUAAUAUCCACCACAUGGUCAAGAUUCCUGGAGGAGAGUUCAUCAUGGGGACAAAUGAACCAGUUUUUGAAGCUGAUGGGGAACAUCCCGCAAGGAGGGUUAAGGUCAAUGACUUUUAUAUGGACAUCUAUGAAGUUUCAAAUAUGGCAUUUGAGUUGUUUGUCAAAGCCACUGGAUAUAAAACAGAGGCAGAAACCUUUGGGGAUUCCUUUGUGCUGGAAGGAGAAGUGUCGGAAGCCAUUAGAUCCACCCUGACCAAUGCCGUGGCUGCUGCCCCCUGGUGGGUUCCUGUGAAAGGUGCUGACUGGCGGCACCCAGAGGGGCCAGAUUCUAACAUCUCAGACCGCAUGGACCAUCCCGUGGUGCACGUGUCCUGGAAUGAUGCUGUUGCGUACUGCAGGUGGAUGGGCAAGAGGCUGCCAACGGAGGCUGAGUGGGAGAGGGCGUGUCGGGCUGGAAAGAGGGAGAGGCUCUUUCCUUGGGGUAACAAGUUCAGACCAAACAAUGAAUUCAGAGCCAACAUAUGGCAGGGGGAAUUUCCAAACUUUGACUCGGGUGAGGAUGGAUACCCUGGCCGCUGCCCCAUUACAGCCUUCCCCACAAAUGAUUACGGGCUCAAGAACAUAGUAGGGAAUGCGUGGGAGUGGACAGCCGACUGGUGGGGAAUCUCUCAUACGCCUGAACUGAAAGUUGACCCACGAGGACCCAAAUCAGGGGAUGACAAAGUGAAGAAAGGGGGCUCUUACAUGUGCACAAAGGAAUACUGUUACAGGUAUCGGUGUGCAGCUCGGAGUCAGAACACACCUGACAGUUCAGCUGGCAACUUAGGGUUCCGAUGCGCGGCCACUCAGUUGCCAGACUACAUCAAAGAAUAAUAUAUAUUGUUGAAAUAACAUUUUGCAGGAUUAUUGCUUUUAGUAUUACGAUUCUCCAUUAGUGCCUGGAAGGAAAUAG